GCGAUUACAAAUUAUUGUUAAAGGAGUUCAAGUAAAAGUCAAAACUACCUAACCAGAAGUUUUUAUAAUAUACUGUAGUUCAUAUUUUAUAGAAGUUUUAUCUGUACAGUAUGAUGUGAACUUAAAAAAUAUAUUUCGUCUAACGGUAUUACAUCAGUUUCACGUUAGAGAAAAUUUGAUAAUGUAUUUCUCGUUGUUCAAAUACCUAAUUUAGUAUACUACGAAAUAUUUUUGAAUCUCAUCUAUUUUAACAACUGACGAUUAGAAUGUUCAACGUUUUAGGUUAAUUAUUUUACAGUUGAUAUUUGAUAUUAUAAGAUCUUUAAUACUUAAGAGAUGCAUGAACUAUUUACUCAAGUUUUAAACUACAAAGAUUUAUCUAAGGCCGGUGAUUUAUUUACAGUUUCCGAUGAAGCUAUAGUCAAUGAUUUAUCUGAAGUUAUAAAUAUUAUUUGUGAAAUAACCAGCUUGCCUGACUACGUAAAUAAUGACAAUGAUCAAAGCGUUGUGGAAAUAUGCAUCACAAGAGUUACAACUGCAAUCAGAGAAACUGGUUCGAUGGAACAGCACGCCGAAGCACUGGUUACAUUAUUGGAAUCAUGUCUUAAUCAUAAUCUCAAACCUUCACUUAAAGAAGAAGAUCCACCUCAUGCUAAAAUAUCAUCUGACAUAAUAUCCUGCAUGUUUCUUAAUUAUAGCAAAAAAGAAGUUAUGAAAAGGGUACUUCCUGUAGCAGUUAAAUUUUUGCAUAAAGGCAAUAAAAUAUUGUCACGAAACAUGGCAUCAUAUUUAUCCCUUGCAGCGAUUGACAAUUCUCCAUUAUUGUCAAAUCAUAUUCAACUCAUAAUCGACUCUAUUAUUUCUGGAAAUUAUCCGUUAUGUCGAGUACUUCCUCAAAUCUACGAAGUUACAAGAGAACCAAUCCAUGACCACGCGAUGGCAUUAGUUUCACUGUUGCCAUUAUGUGAACUGACUGAGAAGUUGGCUCUGUUACAACUUUGUUCAUUAAUUGCUAACAACAAACCGACUUUAUUAGAAGCUAGUUUGCCACAAUUGUGUGAGUAUUUGUGCACAUCACAAACAGUCACAGCCACACUUCAAAUUUUUCUUAAUUUAGCAAAAAACCAACCUCAACUUUUGUCUGAUUAUGUUCUUAAAAUUAAAAAAGCUGCAGAAUGCAAUCCAAAUGCUUUGUGUAUUGCUGCUCAAGUUUUAUCGGCAGUUGGGAAAAUAAAUAAGACAAAAGCUCAAGAAGCGCUGAAUUUUAUUAUGGAUCAUUUACCAAAAGUAGACAGAGCGAGUCAAAGUCUUUUAGUACGUGAAGCGACAUUUUUAUGUUCUUGUUUUCCAGUAUUAUUCACAGAUAAAAUGCUAGAGGGCGUACUACAAAUAAGUCGAAACACUAACUCUCAUAUAAAUCAGAUAUCUGGUGGUGUAACAAUAGUUAAGGUUGGAGGAAAUCAGUCUCCCACUAAUUCUAAUGUAAAUAGACCCACUCAAACAGAAAAUAAUGGAAGGAAUUCAAGAGUUAUUAUCACACCACGUCCCAGAUUAAUGGCAGAUAGUCGAAGUACUGGCAGAUUGCAGUCCUCUAAUGCUCACCGUAGUAUGACACGCUUAAAUACAGCAUCAGGUAGUAGGGUUGGAUCAGUAGGUGGACUGCACAAAAGUAUGACUAAAUUAAGUUCAAAUCAAGUUUGUGUUCAAACAUCAAACCGUAACAAGCCUUCAACAAGUAAAAUUUCUAGUGGUGGCGUAACAGUGACAACACCAUUUACAAACUCAAAAGAUUCCUUAGCCAAUUCGGCUAGUCAAACUUUAGCGGGACGUGUACAAAAUUUUGUCUCCCGCCCUUUGAGCACAGCUGGUAGUUCUCCAUUAAAUCAGAGUCUUACGUCUCAAGGUCCUAUCCAAUCUAGCGGUCCCAGUCUUAAUGUUGAUCCAAUCAGUAUGAACACGGAUAUUUAUUCUACUGUCACACCGAGAAGAAAUCACAAUACGAGUGUGACGAUAAUAAACUCUAGUAUUUCACAAAGAAUUAGUGUAUUUGAACCAUAUCCUAUGAGAGACACCAUGCAACAUUUUUGUGAAAAGCACUUGGAUAAAAUAAAAGCUUACAUGGAAAAAGUGUCAGUUAGAAUUCCACCUCCUGCUAAAUGCACAAUAGAAGAGAGAAGAUCUAAAAAAACAGCCAAGCUUCAUUUUGCUUGUGAAGGGCGAGGAGAACACUGUCUGUAUAAUCGUGCUUUGUUUACUGUUCGCACUCGUCAUCCACGUGUAUGGAUUCAUUUGAUGUUUUUAGCGUUACAAGCCAGAUCUUCGUCUGCACUCAGUUCUCGGCAUCCAUCAGUCAGCGCUCUUAAAAACUGUUGGGACAUUCUCAAGUGCGAGACGAGAACAUUUCUGACAUUAGUAACGUCGGCAUUCCCUUGUGCAAAAGACCAAGAUGCCGUUUUGAAUGAGCUACGCAAUAGUGGCUAUUUUGACGUAUUCGAACAUUGCAAUGUCAACGGCGGAGGUUGGGGAUGUUUCUUAUGCAAUCAUCCGGAAAGAGCAGUUGGAUUUUUGCAGGAUAGCCAACCUGUAAUCGAAGGGCAGCUAAAAGAAAAAAAGGGUCGAUGGAGGUUGUUUAGAAGAUGGAGAACUCGCUAUUUUACAUUAUCAGGAGCUCAUCUCUCGUAUAAAGGAUCGAAAAAUGAUAAAGAAGGAACUCCUAUUGAUAUUCAUCAGAUCCGAAGUGUAAAAGUAAGCCGUGGUGCACGAAACAUACCAAAAGCGUUUGAAAUAUUCACCGGAGAAGAAUCUCUCAUAUUAAAGCCUAAAGGUGGCAAAAAUGCUGAAGAAUGGGUACAAUGUUUAUCUGUUGUUGUAGCACAUUCUCAUUCAAAAGAUACAACCAACUCUAGAAAUUCAAGUUUGAUUAGAACAACUAUAUAGAUUUAUUUUUAUAUUUUUUAUUUUUUUACGUACACAUUAUAAAUUUUUUAUUUAAUAUG